CGCGCUAUGCACGUGAGGCAAGGAGAAGGAAGACUCCCGAUGGGAGUCUUCUUCCUCUUCUCCGAUUCCGAUUUGGAAGGGGGAACUUUGGGGCUUAGGUUUUCAUCUAUAAAAAGGCUUCUCCUCCCUCUAUUCACCAAAUCCCAAAACUUCGUUCAUCGCCGGCGAGGAUGCUUUGAUUUCUUUUGGAUUCCAUCGACGUCCGUCGGCUAAUCACCGUCGAUCUCUCACCGAAAAGAAGGUUUGUUCGUGAUUAUGUAAAGAUGCAACUGAUUAUACAAGAAGAUGUCAAGCAAAACAUCUUGAUUCUGAGUUCGUAGAUCAAGGAAUUCACUGAUUAUUGUGUUUGAGUCAAUCAUUGAUAGAGAGUUACAGGAUGCUCAUGGUUGGCUAUGAUUUGGAUUUGCGAGUGAGCGGAUGCAUAGAUAGAAGGUCAUUGAUACUUGAUCAGAAGAUUGAAGGAAUUUAAAUUUUUUACUGGGUCUGCGGAGCGAGUUAUCGUGGAAGCUACGACGGGUGGAGGCUCGAGAUAGCGGAUGGGGGCAUGUGCAAAAGCCGUGAUGGGCAGCGAGUAGCAAGAAUAGCGUUGCUCUGCCAUUGUUCGCAGCUCUUGCAGGAUCGCAUUUCGGAUUCAAAUUUUGCGUUCUCUGUCGUUAUUCUUGAGACUGAAUGUCUUCGGCGGUGGUCCCCUUUACCCUCUCCUCCCCAGCAGCGGCCAUCCGGGGAGACCCCAAGAAGCUUGGAGUUGGAAUGAAGGCUGGCAAUCUUUUGUUUCGGCGGAAGCCAUUGCUGCUGCACUUCUAGGGAUGCAUUUCCGGUUGUAUUCCUUGACAAAGAAACUCUUCCCUUCGGGAUUUUUUGUUUUAAUGAGUGCUGCAAUGAUAUGUUUCUAUUCAUAUGUGCUGAUAUCUGGCGGAAACCCACCACCAAAGAAGUUGAGAGUUGCUCCACCGUCGUAACUCCUGGAAGCAAUUUACUUUUCUUGCUUUUCCUGGGGCAUACCUGUCAGAGUUGAGAGAUGUGGUGUUGUGCUUAACUUGUGGAGAACAUAGUUGUCUAAAGUUCUAUGACAGUGUAUCAGCAAUAUAUUUGUAGGAAGAUUUUACAACUGAUGGUUUAUAGAUAUCUGGGAUGAAAAUUUAAAAUGAAUUUGCAAGGUAAUGUGAUUACAGAAAUUGAUGCAA